AUGCUUCGUCGGCUGCACGAAUUCCAUUCAUACCGGUCCCUUGUUUGGAAUUUCAUAUAUUAUAAAAGAAUUAUGCCUCGCAGACAAACUACGAAAAGAACAAAAGGUCAGAGCUAUGAAUCAACCGAUACUUCUUUACCCAAUGCUCAUAUUCAGAGUGUAGCCCUAGAACUCGAAACUAGCAGGCAACGUUACCAAGUAUCAAUUAAUGACUCCUCCGAAAAUCGCACGUCUUCUUUGCCAGAUUCAGAGACUUCUCCAUUAGUCGAAUCGGCUAUGCCUGGAUUAAGGCGGUCAAGAAGAGGAAAAAAACCAGUUGACUAUCGGACAGAAUCGGAUACCGACCCAGAAGACGAGAAUCUUCCUCUCUCAAAAAGCGAGGUAAAGGCUUAUAUCAGUGAAGACUCCGAAGCUUCUGUGGUAAAUGGAACGGACUCGUCUGCGUCUGACCUGGAUGACGAUAAAACUCUGCUUUCGAAAAGUAAUUCCAAACAAAAAAGAAGCACUCCAUCAAGAAGGAAACGAUCCAAAAUUGAUUCGCCUGAAGAAUCCUUUGAAGAACCUGAGGUUCCUCGACCCAUCUUUGAUUGUCCGGAGAAACCACUACCUUGGAAAGGGCGACUUGGUUACGCAUGUCAGAACACGGUGUUGAGGCUUUCCAAAGAAAACGCGUUUUGCUCGCGAACUUGUCGAAUCGCUACAAUACAAAAAGAAUCUCUGCAAUUUGCCAAGGAUUUGGGCGUCAAAAACACACAAGACUUAGCUGCUCUUAUAGAGUGGAAUAACAGAUUUGGUAUUCACUUUAUGCGGGUAAGUUCUGAUCUUUUUCCAUUUGCGAGCCAUGGUACCUAUGGGUACUCAUUGGAAUAUGCAGAUUCUUAUUUACAAGCUGCAGGAGAGCUUGCAAAUAAAUAUAAUCAUCGCUUAUCGACGCAUCCAGGACAAUAUACUCAAAUAGCUUCGCCAAAGGUGUCCGUUAUUGAAAAUGCUAUUCGAGAUCUUUGCUAUCACGAAGAGCUCUUGUCCAGAAUGAAGCUGAAUGAACAGCUAAAUCGCGAUGCAGUCAUUAUAUUACACCUAGGAGGUUCAUUUGAAGGAAAAGAGGAGACACUUGCGCGAUUUCGUGAAAACUAUGCACGCCUUUCUGAAGCCGUCAAAAGGCGUUUAGUUUUGGAAAAUGACGACGUCACUUGGUCCGUCCAGGACCUACUUCCUCUUUGCCAAGAAUUGAAUAUUCCUAUGGUUUUAGAUUGGCAUCAUCACAACGUUGUUCCAGGGACUUUACGAGAGGGAUCUUUGGAUUUAAUGCCUCUCUUACCAGCGAUCCGGGAAACUUGGACUAGGAAGGGGAUUACUCAAAAACAACACUACUCUGAAUCAGUCUCUCCUCUGGCUAUUUCUGCCAUGAAGCGUAGGGGUCACUCUGAUCGUGUGUACAGCUUACCUCCGUGUGAGCCAGAUAUGGAUUUAAUGAUAGAGGCCAAGGAAAAAGAGCAAGCAAUAUUUGAAUUGUCUAAGGUUUACAAUUUAGACAAUCCUUCAUGCCCAAAGGAAAUUGAAGGGCCGGAUUUUGAUGUACUUAACGAAGGUUAUUAUCCUCCUGGCGCAGAACGACGACUUAUAGCUCGCAAACAGAGGAAAAAGAAAGCGGAAAAUAACAAGGAGGAAGCUAAAGAUGAUAAGGAACUGCAAAUGAAAGACGAAUCAGAUACAUAA